GAAAACUUCUUUGGGCCUCAUAAACAACCACAGAACCACAAGUUGGGUAGGCUGGUAGUGUCAGGAGUCUGCGCCCGGCAUAGUGGUCAGCGAGCAGGGCGAAUCACACUGACUGCAAACCACAGGGUUUCAUAGAGUGGUGAACAUCACCAAGCCACAGCCAAGACGCCGCUUUUUUUUUUCAAAUCUUGAACAAUUUGAAUAUUUUGUUUUCGCCAAGGUACAUCUUUUGCAGGGCUCGGGGAGCCCCCAGAGGUGAAAGAAAUCAUUGAAUCCCCCGCCUUCAGAAGAGGGUGCAUUUUCAGGAGGAAGCGAUGGCUUCAGACAGCAUAUUUGAGUCAUUUCCUUCAUACCCACAGUGCUUCAUGAGAGAUCACUACUCUGCUUGCUUCCUCCUGAUCCUGGAGCAGAUUCCCAUGUUCAGGACAGGGUCUGAUUGGACACUUAAGAUUCAUCUCAAGCUUCUACAGUCCCUCUCUAAUGAUUUCUGCUACAAUUCUGAACAAUUUCCCUGCAGUCUGUGUGGCACCACAGAAUGCGUACAUGGAAUGAAUACGUCUAGAGAUGUUCACGAUGCCAGCACGAGCCGCCGCUUCACGCCGCCUUCCACCGCGCUGAGCCCGGGCAAGAUGAGCGAGGCGCUGCCGCUGGGCGCCCCGGACGCCGGCGCCGCCCUGGCCGGCAAGCUGAGGAGCGGCGACCGCAGCAUGGUGGAGGUGCUGGCCGACCACCCCGGCGAGCUGGUGCGCACCGACAGCCCCAACUUCCUCUGCUCCGUGUUGCCCACGCACUGGCGCUGCAACAAGACCCUGCCCAUCGCUUUCAAGGUGGUGGCUCUGGGGGACGUCCCAGAUGGUACUCUGGUCACAGUGAUGGCAGGCAAUGAUGAAAACUACUCAGCCGAACUGAGAAAUGCCACCGCAGCCAUGAAAAACCAAGUUGCAAGAUUCAAUGACCUCAGGUUUGUCGGUCGGAGCGGACGAGGGAAAAGCUUCACUCUGACCAUCACGGUCUUCACAAACCCACCGCAAGUUGCCACUUACCACAGAGCCAUCAAAAUCACAGUGGAUGGACCCCGAGAACCUCGAAGACAUCGUCAGAAACUAGAUGAUCAGACCAAGCCCGGGAGCUUGUCUUUUUCCGAGCGGCUCAGUGAGCUGGAGCAGCUGCGGCGAACAGCCAUGAGGGUCAGCCCACACCACCCAGCCCCCACACCCAACCCUCGGGCCUCCUUGAACCACUCCACUGCCUUUAACCCUCAGCCUCAGAGUCAGAUGCAGGACACAAGGCAGAUCCAGCCGUCCCCACCAUGGUCCUAUGAUCAGUCCUACCAGUACCUGGGAUCGAUCGCCUCGCCUUCCGUACACCCAGCGACGCCCAUCUCGCCUGGACGGGCCAGCGGCAUGACAACGCUCUCUGCAGAGAUUUCCAGUCGACUCUCAACAGCGCCCGACUUGACGGCCUUCAGCGACCCUCGGCAGUUCCCCGCGCUGCCCUCCAUCUCAGACCCCCGCAUGCACUACCCCGGCGCCUUCACCUACUCCCCGACGCCCGUCACGUCGGGCAUCGGCAUCGGCAUGUCGGCCAUGAGCUCGGCCACGCGCUACCACACGUACCUGCCGCCGCCCUACCCUGGCUCCUCGCAGGCGCAGGGCGGCCCCUUCCAGGCCAGCUCGCCCUCCUACCACCUGUACUACGGCGCCUCGGCCGGCUCCUACCAGUUCUCCAUGGUGGGCGGCGAGCGCUCGCCGCCGCGCAUCCUGCCGCCCUGCACCAACGCGUCCACGGGCUCGGCGCUGCUCAACCCCAGCCUCCCGAGCCAGAGCGACGUGGUGGAAGCCGAGGGCAGCCACAGCAACUCGCCCACCAACAUGGCGCCCGCCGCGCGCCUCGAGGAGGCUGUGUGGCGGCCCUACUGAG